AUGGACACGACCGGCGGUCCUAUCACAGAGAAAAUAUUCCAGGAAGAUCCCACAUUGACCAGAGAACCCGAGAGAGAAGAUACUGUCCCCUCAUAUGAGUCAGUGGAAGAGCAGAGUCCCACAAAGAAUAGUGCUUGGAGGACGUGCGCAGAGAAAGUUUGGAAGCGCGAGCAAGCAACAAUAACGAAAUGGAAUGGACAGAUCGAUGCGCUCCUCGUCUUUGCAGGUCUGUUCUCGGCAGUUCUUACUGCAUUCAACGUCCAAUACUACGCAGCGCUGCAGAACACGCAGGGCACUCAAGUGAUGUUGCAACUUUCCUCAGACACGACAAUCCCCGUUUUCUUGUCGACUCUCGCAGCGCCGUCGAAACCGCCCGUCGCGAUAUCGACGAUUGUCAUCAACACCGUUUGGUUCCUUGCCCUUGUAUUGAGCCUGGGUGCAGCAUCCGUCGGUAUCAGCGUGAAACAAUGGCUCGUGUCGUACGUCCCUCCGGACAGCACUACCGCGCGACAGCGCACCCGGAUAUGGCACCUCCGACAUCGGGGCCUGCGAAGGUGGCGAGUGUCCGCCAUUGUCGCCAUGCUGCCGAUCCUCCUCCAGCUUGCACUAUUGCUCUUCUUGGUCGGCGUCGUCGUGCUCCUAUGGACGUUGAAUACGGUUGUCGCUAUCAUCGUCAUGGUCCCAGUGUCUGUGCUCAUAGUGCUCUCCGUCCUGGCCGCAAUCAUCCCGACAUUCGCGCCCGACUGUCCAUACAAGUCACCACAGGCGUGGUGGAUAUUUUUGGUACUCCACCGGCUCACUUGCUUCGAUGGAACACUCCGAAGACGAUUAUUCGAGACACGCAGGCACUUCAUGCUGCGUCUAUGGAGGACCGUCGUCACAACGCGGGACUGGCUGGAUCGCGAGAACAACCUGCUGCGUUCGGAGGCUCGGGAACAGACAUCUGCGUCUGUCGUGGAGACAGUGACUGUGCUUGUAGCGGCGGAUCAAUUAGUUCGAGACGACGACUUCCUCCAAACUGUCAUUGUCCCUGCAUUCCAGUCGGUCGACUCGACACAUAGCGACUUCGAUGCGUCUAUUCAGGAGUUCUAUCGGCUAGUGCAGUCUAGAGCGCACGUCGCCUACCCGGAUUCCAACGUCCCUGGCGAUUCACUGGGCAUACCAAUCAUGUCUUGGUUCAAGGAUGAGAUGGACAGUGGCUCAGUGGCUGCCAUGGCCGACUUAACCUUGGACAUGCUCAUGAAGGUCGCCGGGGAACUCCGGCCGAACCGAGCGAAACAAGCGCAGGAAAUGUCGCGGAUGUUGGCGAUACUGCAAGCGCUUCUCGCUGCACUACCCCGCUCUCAAUCUCGGGUCAUCGUUCGUCUCAUUGACUGGUACUGUGACGAGAACACGAAUUACCGAGCAUCUAAUGCACGUGAAGACGACCCCGUGGAAGUGAUCGCCCAACACUCGGUCCGCUACAGGUCCAAGAUCAAGGCGAUGCCCGUCAGCCAACAGACUGUCUUGGGCACCAAGGCCAUGGACCGAUUAGAACAGUUGUUGCAAGACGAUGCAUCGGGUGGCGGCUUCCAACAUCUUCAGGCAGAGCGUGGGCUGCUGCGACUGAUUGGAACCGUUCUCGACAACCGACAGUCUCCUCUAACCGACGAAUCCUCUCAUGUCGUCUCUCGUCUUUGCCAUCUGCUCGGGGGUGUCACGGCUAUUUCGUCCGGUACCCGCACGACCCUGAUAUGGCUCGCUGCAAGAGUUGCGGCUGACCUGAGCCUAGAUACAGGGUCUGUACUCGACCUAAUAGCUUGUCUGCGCAAACUUUCCAAAGAACACCACAACGACAUACGCUCCCAGAAUACGUUGUGCCUUUGCACUGCGAUCGAGACCUCUCUGCAUAAGCUUGACUCGGACCGCGAGCUGGCGGAAGUAUCUCAACCUUUACUCGAUGCCCUCCACGACUUCAUCGACUCGAUCCGCGAUUUGGAUAGAUACGGAAUGUUCGAAUACUUGCGAGGUAUUAUUUCCGUGUAUCAGGUCAUGGCUCGGAAGCAGGCCCAACUGCUCAGUCGGUCAGACCUCGCAAAGCUGGAUGCCUGCGUGGCGACCUGCACAAAGGGCUGGCCGGCAGCUUUAGCAGAGGCGAAGAUGCUCCGGGAGAGCUUAGCACAGCUACAUGGCGUUAUGGACACGAUUCUCAAAGACACUGAUACAGAGAACGAAGUCGGUAUAUCUGUCACUGCUGCAUGA